CCAGACCUGCCUACCUAGACCGGAAGUGGGCCACACUGGUGCCGGCCAGCACUGCAGCAGUCUUCAGCAGGGAGCCCAUGGAUGCCACAAGUCUUGCAGGCAAAAGAAGCCAUUCUAGGCUGUGUUCUGCACCCAGGUCACAUCUUCUGCCUUGCUGAGCACAACUUGGUACAGGUCUGUGGUGAUGAGAGCGACAGAAAUUGCCAGAAACCAAGAGGACAAGAGAUUCGAGUGGGGCGGAGUACUGCUGGAACUCAAAUGAAGAACAAGUAGAAGAAGAGUAAGCAGCGGGGUCUAAUUUCAGCGGGGACGCGGACUGGCAUUGUUGUGUCAGCUGCCAUGGCAAACAGCGCGUCAACUCCUCUACUGCCUGACAAAGAUUCUCACAUUGUGGAAGCAGACGGGUUGCACCACAACUAUCAUUCGAGUCUGCCGCACCGCGAGUACAACAAUGAUCUUCCAGCGGUGGAUAAGGAAUGUCUGGAAGAGCUCAGAAAGGCCGGCAUUAUUGCCAAGCCGACCAUCAUGUAUGACGAAUCCUCUCCCGUGGCCGCUUUGACAGCAUUUGGGGGGACGGCCUUGAAGACGGUGUUGCUGCGUCCCGACUUUUACUUGAUUAUGCUGGUGCACAUUGUCUUAAGCUACCUCUACUAUGACGUUUGGCACAACCCGGUCAUUCCAGCCGCUUCGACCGGCCAGGAGCAACCAUGGCCGUUCAUCUCGGCCGCAACGAUUGCCAUUCCGGGGAGCAUGAUUGUCUUCUUCCUGGUCUUCCACACCAGUCAGGCAUAUACGCGCUUCUUCACGCAGUACCUUGCAUACCGGGGCAUUGAGGGCAAGAUCAGCCGCAUCGCGUCAGAGCUCCGUACGAAUCUCCCCGACGGCUCGUUCCCUGAGGCGCGCGUCGAGCGCCUCAAGAUCGCGCGCUGGCUGCUAUCUUUCCUGUACCUUGGUCUGGCGAACCUGCCGCAGUACAAAGACAACGGAGUGCUGGAUUGGGCCUGGAAGCAGGUGCUGCAAUUGGAACUGCUGACGGAGAAGGAGGAGAAUAAGCUCAAGGCCCUGCCCAAGGGCCAGUCGCACGCCAAGGAGCUGAUGUCGUGGAUCUCGCAGAAGCUGUACAGGCUCGAGAAGGACGGGCGCAUCGACGCGUUCUGCCAGAACGGGCUCCUCAGCCAGCUGUAUGACGCGGGCAGCGGGCUGUCGCUGCUGAAGAACCACGUGGUGAUGCCGGUGCCGUUCGCGUUCUUCCACCUGCAGAACUUCAUUCUGAUCAUCUACCUGCUGCUGCUGGCGUACACGUACACCAUGUUCGCGCGCUACUGGUCCAUCCUCGCCAUGUUCCUCACCUGCCUCUCGCUCCUCGGACUGCGCGAGCUCGCGUGCGCGCUCUCCGACCCCUUCGGCAACGACGACACCGACUUGCCCAUCUUUGACUACGUCAUCGAGAUACACGCGUUCAUCUCGACCUUCGUCAGCAUGCCGGGCCUCGAGAAAGACGAGUAGGACGUAAGAGGUGUGCAGUGAGCAGUGCAGAGUGACAGGGGGCAUAGUGAGCUGUCCAUGAUGUGGCACAACGAAGUGCUGUGCAGAUAGCGAGAGGGAUUUUGCAAGAUACCCAGACUCUGCCUCUUUGGGAGAUCAGUGCAAGAUGGGUGCAACACGAGUCAGUCUAAUUUUUCGUCUAGAGUUGAAUCUGUCUCCUUAAGCUCAGAGUUUUGAGCUAGUCAAAAUGGUGGAUCGAGGAGAUUGUUCGUCUUCAGUCAAUCAGAGUCUGGUGAUGCGGCACAAUUUUCCGAGCCUAGCUCGUCUGAGGUCUACAUUCUGCCAGCUUUGAGAAGCUGUUGCGGUUUCGAUCCAGUGCCAAAGAUCGCUGAGAAGCUACGGGCCGCUGAAUGCAUCCUACUGAAGCCCACAG